AUGCGGCAGCCCGCCGGGUUCGUCGAUCCUCAAAAUCCAACCGCAGUUUGCAAACUACAUAAAUCACUAUACGGAUUAAAGCAGGCGCCCCGGCAAUGGUUUCAAAAGCUUACAAGCUUUCUUCAAACCCAAGGCUUUACGUUCAGCCGAUCGGAUCCUUCACUCCUAAUUCUUAACACUGACCAAACUCAACUCUAUAUUCUUAUUUAUGUGGACGAUUUCUUAGUCACAGGGAAUAAUGCCGCAGCAAUCCAACGUCUUCUUCAACAGCAGAAAACUCAAUUUGCUCUCAAACAACUAGGAAACGUCUCCCUCUUUCUUGGCAUUCAAGUGAUUCAAUCCAAAACAGGUCUUUUUCUUUCUCAACAACAUUAUGCCACUAAAAUUCUUCAUGAUGCAGGCUUCAAGGAUUGCAAGCCUGCUCCCACGCCAGUCACCCCGUCCAGCAAGGCUCAACUCACGGUCAUCCCACCGUUCUCUGACCCCUCCCUCUACCAACGGCUAGCUGGAUCGCUACAAUACUUGUCAAUUACGCGGCCGGACAUUGCCUAUGCGACAAACCGGAUUUGUCAACAUAUGCAGAAUCCAACAGAACAGGACUUCAACGCACUCAAACGACUUCUCCGCUACAUCAACGGCACAUUAUCAUACGGUCUACCCAUCACCAUUGGCAACUUGGAUCUUCAUUCCUACUCGGAUGCAGAUUGGGCUUCCGAUGCCUCGGAUCGGAAAUCCAUCUCGGGAUUUUGCACUUUCCUUGGACCAAAUCUAAUUUCCUGGACCGUGAAAAAGCAACCCACGGUAGCCAAGUCGUCCACCGAAGCCGAAUACCGCUCGCUCUCUGUCGCUGCCUCGGAAGUCUUAUGGUUACGACGGCUUGCACGGGAGCUUCAUCUACCUCAACCGUCACCCACUACUACUAUCCACUGCGACAACACAUCCGCGAUUGCUAUCGCCAAAAAUCUCGUCUUCCAUGCGCGAACAAAGCAUAUCGAGAUCGACUAA